UUCCCAUUAUAAAAGCCCCCCUAACAGCUUAGAAGAGAGAUACACAGUCAGAAUUUUCUCGCCCUAAAGCUUGAAGCAGGUUAGUCUCUCUCACCGUCUCUAGUUAGUUCAGGUACAAUCUUAGCUCGGAGUCUGGCCUCAAGAAGUUCGACAAUUAUGGCUGGAAAGUCGUCAAUUCUGUUGGAUGUGAAGCCAUGGGAUGAUGAAACUGACAUGGAAAGGCUCGAGGAAGCUGUUAGAAGUAUUGAGAUGGAAGGAUUGACUUGGGGAGCAUCCAAUCUCGUACCUGUUGGAUAUGGUGUAAAGAAAUUGCAGAUUAUGAUGACCAUUGUGGAUGACUUGGUGUCCGUUGACAGUCUCAUCGAGGAAAGACUCACAGUUGAGCCGAUUGAUGAAUUUGUCCAGAGCUGCGAUAUUGUGGCCUUCAAUAAAAUAUAAAUUGAAAGCAUGUUGGAGUUUUGCUCGGAAUCGGUGCAGGAGAGGUUCGUGCUAGUGAAGAAUGAAGAUUCUGUUUACGCAGACUGAUUUUAAGUCAUAAAUGUCCACUUUAUUCCUAUGUUUUCUUUCUCCAAGACUUUGAUAUUAAGAAGUAUCAGUUACACCAUUUUGGAUUCUUAUCUAAAUUUAUGCUUUUCUUCCUUUACUAGGGUUCUGGAUUUUCUUCUUCAGGUUUCAACGAGUCAUAUUCUUACUUACUGUUGUAUAGUUGGGAGAUUGUUGGAGUGUGUAAUAUAUUAUAUGUGGGGUUUAUAUAUAAUGCAAGGUUGUCUCAUGAAUGUGCCUUAUUUUUAAUAUAUUCAACAUUCAUCUACUUGGCUA